AUGAUUGUUUUGAAAUCGGUCGCUAUUUGUGCAGAGAAGAAAAGUACAAAGAGGCGGUCACAUGGUUCUUGGAGGCUUUUAGAAGAUAUGAAAUUAAGAAUACCUACUAAAUGGCAUGAAUUUAACGAAACUGUUUCAGAUAAUGUAGAAGAAGCGUCGUUUUGGAUCAAAAAACUCUUACUCGAGGCACCUGGACAUCCUUUACAAGAUCAAUUUAUGAAAAUAAUAGACGAAUAUAAUACAAUUUUAAAUGAAGAAAAGAACUCCUCGAACGAAAUUAAUACAAAUCAAGAAACUUUUACUAUGGAAGAAAUUAUUGGAAUAUGCUUAAAGGUAACCGCAGAUCUUUACCGAAAAGCUUGUCGUGGUGAAACGAAAAUCGUAAAUGACGUUGCCAAAAGACUCAAGUGCAAAUACCUAUCAGGAAAUCACCCUUACUUAAAAUUGGCGCCAGUCAAGUUAGAAGAACUUUAUUUGGACCCCGAUGUAUAUAUGUUCCACGAUGUAAUCAGCGAUCACGAAAUAGAGCACAUCAAAGUCAUAUCCGAACCACGAGUAAGCAGCCAAGUAUUUUCAUUAAUGUUUACUUUACAUUUGGAAUGUAUUAUAUUUUUUAACGUUUAUAGCUUCAACAGUGUGAUGUGCUGGUAA